AUGGCUGAAGAUUCUGAUCAAGUUGUAAUGCGUAGCAUUCAACCAACGCCAUUGGAAAUUCAACAGUUUUCCGAUUAUCUUGUACGUGUUGUACCAUUGGCAGUUGAUUUAAAUAGUCAAGAAACUGAUGAAUUUAAACAAGUACUAAUAGAUAAAAAAAUCGUAACGGAAUGUAUCAAAAAGUUCAUUGGUGAUCCGCAAUGUGCUGUACUCUUCAUUAAAAUUAUAACAACUGGAAAAGAAGACGAUCAGAAUUCAAAUGAAUUGGAUACCGAGGAAACAGCUUCUAAUCAAUAUGAAUUUUCAACCGAAAUAUUCUAUGCUACACAAAAAGCCACAAGUGUGGGUUUUAUCAAAAUUACACCAAUUAUCAAUGUUGUAAAGAAAAUGUCGCAACAAUUGCAAUUUGUUACAUUUACAAAUCGUUCACCUUAUGAAGUUUUAAGAACAUUUGUUUCACAUGCAAUGGCACCUUAUCUGAAAAGCUUUUUAAGACAACAAAAGGAACGAGAUCGUGAAAAAUCUGCUCUAGUUUUAGAAGAAAAACUGAACGAAUUAGAAAUGGGACUUGUACAAUUACAACAAACAGUAAAUAUUCCGGAUGUUGUUCUAACACCAAAUCCAAUAGUCGCACAAGUACUACGUCAAUGUAGUGAGAAAAAUCAACGACCAUCCGUCGACUAUUUUCGAGAGAAAAUUGAAGAUUCAAAUUUUUUAAAUUCACUUCAAUCGGGAGUUAAUCUAUGGAUAAGAGAAAUUCAAAAGGUGACAAAACUUGAACGAGAUCCAUCAACUGGUUCUGCAUUGCAAGAAAUAACAUUUUGGUUGAAUAUGGAAAGAUCACUAUACCGAAUACAAGAACACAUGACAAGUCCUGAAGUUGCUUUAACACUUGAUGUUCUAAGAAUUGGAAAACGAUUCCAUGCCACAAUUAGUUUUGAAUCUGAUACUGGAUAUAAAGAAGCGUUGGAUCGUGUUAAAAAUUAUAAUAUUUUAAUGAAAGAUUUUCCCAUUAAUGAACUAUUGGGUGCAAAUGAUUUAGAUAAAAUCAAAUCUUCAUUAGUGAUUAUAUUUAAUCAUUUGAAAAAAGUUCGUAAUACACGUUAUCCAAUUAAUCGGGUAUUAAAAUUUAUUGAAGCCAUAUCAAGAGAUUUGAAUGCACAAAUGUUAAAGGAUGAUGAAUAUGAAAAAUUGCAAGUAUUAUUACGUGAUAUAUCAAAGAAAAAACGUGAAGAUACUCUAAAAAUGGUUUGGAAGUUAAAUGCACAACAUAAAAAAUUACAAGCACGAUUGGAACAAUUACGUAAAUUUCGUCGUCAUCAUGAUCAAUUUCGAACAGUGAUCGAACGUUUACUAUCAAAGCAGCAUCAACCUUUACCACUAACCAAUGCUGAAAACAACAUUGAACAGCAACAACAGAGUGCUUUAUUGGAUCCAUCCGACUCAAAUGCUAUACAGGAGAUCAAUAAUGCUUACGAUAGUUUAAAAAAUAUUGAUAUUCUCGAGUGUUCUCCGGAAGGUUCUCAUUUAUGGGAUGAAACGAUACGAAAAUAUGACGAACAUAUUGAAAGAGUCGAAACACGAAUAACAACACGAUUAAGAGAUCAAUUAGGCAAAGCCCGAAAUGCUCAUGAGAUGUUACGAAUAUUUGCGCAAUAUAACGCCUUAUUUGUUCGUCCAGCAAUUCGUGGAGCUAUCAGAGAAUAUCAGACUCAAUUGAUAAAACAUGUCAAAGAAGAUAUUGAUAAAUUACAUGAUAAAUUUAAAGUGAAAUAUAUGAAUAGUAAAUCAUCAAAAAUGAGUAAAACAAUAUGUGAUUUACCGCCAACAACAGGCUCCAUGAUAUGGGCAAAACAAAUUGAGAGACAAUUGUGUGCCUAUCUCAAACGUGUAGAAGAUGUAUUAGGAACAGGAUGGGAAAAUCAUGUAGAUGGUCAAAGAUUAAAAUUUGAAGGUGAUAGUUUUAAAGCAAGAUUGAAUACUACGCCUAUAUUUGACGAUUGGGUCGAUAAAAUUCAAAAGCGUGGUUUAUCAGUAACAGGUAUAAUUUAUUCAGUGGAAACAAUAAGAUCAUCAAAAGGUCCAAUGUUACGUUUAAAAGUUAAUUUCACUCCAGAAAUUAUUUCAUUGACCAAAGAAGUUCGAAACUUAAAAUGGCUUGGUUUUCGUGUACCACUUCAAAUUGUUAACAAAGCACAUCAAGCAAAUCAACUGUAUCCAUAUGCUAUGGGAUUGUUAGAAAGUAUCCGAUCUUAUGAGCUGGCGAAUUCUAAAUGUAUUCAUGAACAUGGUCAUGACUAUUUAUUGGGCAACCUGAAAAAAGAUAUUCAAGGUUUAAUAAUUGAAGGCAGUCAAUUAACAUGGGAAUCGUACAAACUUGAACCUUAUGUUCAACGUUGUAUCGAGACUUUUUCAUCUUUCAGUGAAAAGGUUGAAGACAUCUUACGAUUAGAUUCAGUCAUGUUCAAAAAUAUUAAUGAAUUGGAUGAAUGCGAUUAUCAAGCGGCUAUCUUUCAUGACAUUCUCUAUAAAAUACAAAAAACUGUGGAUGAAUUUUGUUUACAUGAUUAUUCAAAUUUACUUACGUGGGUGGAAAAAAUUGACGAACAAAUUGAACGAAAAUUAUUUCAUCGGUUACAAUUGGCAAUUCGUUUAUGGAUUAAAGCGUUGAAGCAAAAAGGUACAAUGACUAACGAUCUAUCAACGCCUGAUACUGAUGAACAUCAUACAACGAAAAAAAUGCGUUUAAAAAAAAUAAUUCAUGAAAUACGUAUUGUUAAUCAAAUGUUGGUGUUAGUUCCACCAUUUGAAUCGGCACGAGAAAAAUUAUUUGAAUCAUUUUUUGAAUGUGAAUCAAUUAUAACAUCACAAAAACGAAUUAAAUACAGUCGAUAUCAAGUCAAUGUUGAUGUAGUUGAAAGCGAAGAUAGAUUUUUUAAUGACGGUUUGGCUAAAUUUCCAGAUGAAAGUGGUAAAAACAUUACGGAUGCCUAUGAAUCUAUUGAACAUUUGUUAUCAGAAGCACAAGAGUAUUUCAAAGGAUGGUUGAAAUAUCAAGUACUAUGGGAUUUACAGCCCGAUGUUUUAUAUCAACGUUUAGGUUCAAAUAUCAAAGCAUGGUUUGAUUGUCUGAAUGAUAUUAGAGAAUCACGUAAAACACUGGACACUCAUGAAACGUAUAAAGCCUUUGGACCACUUAUUAUUGAUUUUUCAAAAUUACAAUCAAAAAUAAAUGUGAAAUAUGAUAGUUGGCAUCAGGAUGUAGUACGAAAAUUUGGACAGUUGAUACAGACAACUGCGAGUGAUUUUUAUACACAUAUAACAGAGAAUCAUUCCGAACUUGAAUCGAAAUCAGUUGAUUCUGGUAAUUUAAAAGACAGCGUCCAAUUGAUCGAUAAAAUUAAUGUUGUUAAAGCAACAUUAGCUGAGGAUGAACUCAAAAUGCAACAAUUACACGAAGCACAUAAAAUAUUAGAACGUCAACGUUUUCCAUUUCCCGAUAAUUGGAUUUCAGUUGAUACAAUUUCCAAUUCGUGGACAUCACUCAACGAUGUAAUGAAACAAAAAGAACAAGUGGUAGAAAAAAAAUUGGAUACAAUUCAAAACCAAGUAUUACAUGAAGCUGAUAUUGUUGAUACAAGAACAAAAGAAUUACUUGAAGACUGGGAUGUCAAAAAACCGAUUGGUGGUGAUUUAAAACCACGUGAUGCUCUACGUAAUCUACAAAAUUAUGAAUCAAAACUCUCGGAACAAUUAGAGCAACGUAUAGCACUUAAUAAAGCCAAACAAAGUGUAAAACUCGAAGAUGUCGGUUUUAUUGAUCAUUAUGAAAAUCGUCUACGUGUGGGUCUGCAAGAAUUGAAUGAUGUUCGAAAUGUUUGGAAAUCACUUGAAAGUGUUUGUAAUCAUUUGGAAGAAUUAAAAGAUACACCAUGGAUUACUGUACAACCAAAAAAAUUGAAAACAAAUUUAGAAGAAUUACUGACAGCUAUGCAUGCUAUGGUACCAUCAGUAAAAACUUAUCAUUCUUAUGAUGCUGUUAAAUCAUCAAUUGAAAAUCAUAUCAAAAUGAUUCCAUUUAUUGCUGAACUUAAAUCCGAAGCUUUGAAAGAUCGUCAUUGGAAAGAAUUAUUAAAAAUUUUAAAUUUAAAUUGGAACAUGAAUGAUGUAACAUUACGUGAAGUAUGGGAUAUGAAAGACAAAAUUAAAAAAAAUGAACAUGAUAUACGAGAUAUAAUGGUGGCAGCACAAGGAGAAAAAGCAUUGGAAGAAUUUUUAAGACAAAUUGCUGAUUUAUGGAAAACGUAUACACUCGAAUUAACUGAUUAUCAAAAAAAAUGUAAAGUAAUCAAAAGUUGGGAUGAUCUAUUUACAAAAUGUAAAGAAAAUAUUAGUAAUGUUAUAUCAAUGAAAAUGUCACCCUAUUACAAAGCAUUUGAAGAAGAAACCGUAUCAUGGGAAGAUAAACUUAAUCGAAUAAAUACUAUAUGUGAUAUUUGGAUAGAUGUACAACGACGAUGGGUCUAUUUGGAUGGUAUUUUUUCAUCAAGUGCCGAUAUUACUCAACUAUUACCAAAUGAAUCGCAAAAAUUUCAAAGUGUUAGUGCUGAAUUUAUUGGUUUAUUAAAAAAAGUUGAAAAAUCACCUAUCGUAUUAGAUGUUAUUGCUAUACCUGGUAUACACAAAUUAUUAGAACGUUUAGCUGAUUUAUUAACAAAAAUACAAAAAGCUCUUGGAGAAUAUUUGGAAAAACAGCGAGCUUCAUUUCCACGAUUUUAUUUUAUUGGUGAUGAAGAUUUAUUAGAAAUGAUUGGCAAUUCAAAUAAUAUUCCACGAUUACAAAAACAUUUUAAAAAAAUGUUUGCUGGAGUUAAUUCAUUGAUAUUAGAUGAUGAGAAUAUAAAUAUUAAGGGAGUGACAUCGAGAGAAGGCGAAGAAGUAUUAUUUUUUAAUCCAAUAUCUAUCGUAAAACAUCCAUCGAUUAAUGAUUGGUUAACAUGUGUUGAAAAAGAAAUUUGUUUAAGUUUAGCAAAAUUACUUGCACGAUCAAUACCUGAAUUAACUGUUAUACAAGAAAAUUUAAAGGAUACAGAUGCGUUUAUCAAUUGGCUUGAUCAAUAUCAAGCACAAUUGGUUGUACUCGCAUUUCAAGUAUUAUGGUCAGAAAAUGUUCAACGAUUACUUGAAAAAUUAGGACAGGGUUCAAAAAAUAGUGAAGAUGGGUUACAUAGUGCAUUGAAACAAAUUGAAUUAACUCUCGUAAUGUUAGCCGAUUUGGUAUUGGCCGAUCAACCACCGGUUAGAAGAAGAAAAUUGGAACAUUUGAUAAUUGAACAUGUUCACAAACGUGAUGUCACUCGUUGUUUAAUUGAUAAACAUGUUGAUAAUCCAACAAAUUUUGAAUGGUUAGCUCAAAUGCGUUUAUAUUUCGAUCCAAGUUUGCAAGAUCGUCUUGUUCAAACUCCUUUAACAGAUCGAUGCUUUUUAACGAUGACACAGGCUCUUCAUGCAAAAUUCGGCGGUAGUCCAUUUGGACCAGCGGGCACAGGAAAAACAGAAUCUGUCAAAGCACUUGGUAAUGCUUUAGGUCGCUUUGUGUUGGUGUUUAAUUGCGAUGAAGCCUUUGACUUUCAGGCGAUGGGACGAAUAUUUGCUGGCUUAUGUCAAGUGGGAGCAUGGGGUUGUUUUGAUGAAUUUAAUCGAUUAGAAGAACGAAUGUUAUCAGCUGUUUCUCAACAAAUCCAAACAAUACAAGAAGCGUUGAAAGAACAAACAAAUUCGAUUAGUAAAAAUCCAGUGAAAAUAGAAUUAGUUGGCAAGACCAUAACGGUGAAUCAAAAUAUGGCCGUCUUUAUUACAAUGAAUCCUGGCUAUGCAGGUCGUUCGAAUUUACCUGAUAAUUUGAAAAUGUUAUUUCGAAGUCUUGCUAUGACUGUUCCCGACAAAGUUCUUAUUGCACAAGUGAUGUUGUAUUCACAAGGUUUCCGUGAAGCUGAAUCUUUAGCAUCAAAAAUCGUACCAUUAUUUCAAUUAUGUAGUGAACAAUUAUCAAAUCAAAGUCAUUAUGAUUUUGGCUUACGUUCUUUGAAAAGUGUCUUGGUUAUGGCUGGCAAUAUAAAACGAGACAGAAUCAAAGAAGGAAAAGAUGACAAAUUAAAAACGGAAGCUGAACAAGAGAUUGUUAUUCAAGCAAUAAUGGAUAGUUUUGUUCCACGUUUAGUUGCUGAUGAUUUAGUUUUAUUGAAUAGUCUUUUAUAUGAUGUAUUUCCUCGAGCAUGUUAUAAUCGACCAGAAAUGACGCGCCUUAAAGAAGAGAUCGUCAAUGUAGCUCAAGAAAUGCAUCUUGAAUGUGGUGAUCUUUGGAUGGAGAAGGUCUUACAAUUAUAUCAGAUAACGAAUUUGAACCAUGGUCUAAUGUUGGUUGGUCCUACAAGUUGCGGUAAAACAACGGCAUGGAAAGUAUUGUUGAGUGCAUUAAAUCGUAUCGAAAAUUCUGAUGGUCAAGCACACGUUAUUGAUCCAAAAGCAAUAUCUAAAGACGAUUUAUAUGGCUUUCUGGAUCAAAAUACUAGGGAAUGGACGGAUGGUUUAUUUACUCAUAUACUACGGAAAAUAAUUGAUAAUGUUCGUAGUGAAUUAUCGAAACGUCAAUGGAUUAUUUUUGAUGGGGAUGUUGAUCCAGAAUGGGUGGAAAAUUUAAACUCAGUUUUGGAUGAUAAUAAAUUGUUAACAUUACCCAAUGGCGAACGAUUGUCAUUACCACCAAAUGUGCGUAUUAUUUUCGAAGUGCAAAAUCUUCGCUAUGCAACGCUGGCCACUGUUUCACGCUGUGGAAUGGUGUGGUGUAGUCAAGAAACGGUGACAUGUGAAAUGUUAUUAAAAUAUUAUCUGAAUAAAAUUCAAAUUGAAGUGCUGUAUGAUAUUCAAACAGAUGAUGAAUCACAACAACAACAACCACGUCGUCAAGCAGACACUGAUGAAUUAAAUGUGUCUAUAGUCAAUCUACAAAAGAAAAUCGCAUCAAUAUUAGAGCCAUAUUGUACCAGUGAUGGUUUAAUUAUUGAAGCAUUGAAUUAUGCUCAAACACAACAACAUAUCAUGGAUUUUAUUCCAUCAAGAUGUUUACAAACAUUGUUUUCAAUGUUAAAUGGAGUUAUACGUACAAUUGUUAAACGACAAUUAUUUAAUGAUACAUUAACACCAUUGACAAGUCAACAAAUGGAACAAUUUGUAGUCAAAUCAUUAAUUAUUGGAUGUGUGUGGUCAUUUUCUGGAGACAGCAAACUAAAAUACCGCCAACAAUUGGGUGAAUUUAUUAUGAAUAAUGUCAAAAAUGUACCAGCACCAUCGGACAAAUCCUUACCCAUCAUUGAUUAUGAGGUAACAGCUGAGGGUGAAUGGCAAUCUUGGCUUCAAAAAGUGCCACGAAUUGACCUUGAACCCGAUAAAGUUAAUGCCACGGAUCUUGUUAUACCUACAAUUGACACCAUACGACAUGAAGCGCUAUUAUACACAUGGUUAGCCGAACGUAAGCCACUUUUACUUUGUGGACCCCCAGGUUCAGGAAAAACAAUGACCUUAUUUAGUGCUCUUCGAGCUUUACCAACAACAGAAGUCAUUGGUCUAAAUUUUUCUUGUGCUACUACACCCGAACUUAUCUUGAAAACAUUUUCACAUUAUUGUGAAUAUAAAAAAACGCCAAAUGGCCAUGUUUUGGCACCGACCCAAAUAGGAAAAUGGAUUAUUGUUUUUUGUGAUGAAAUUAAUUUACCAGAUGAAGAUAACUAUGGAACACAACGCGUUAUACAAUUUUUGAGACAAUGUAUUGAACAUGGUGGAUUUUAUAGAAUAAUAGACCAGACAUGGAUCAAAUUAGAGAGAGUACAAUUUGUGGGAGCGUGUAAUCCGCCGACAGAUCCUGGCAGAAAACCUCUCAAUCAUAGAUUUUUACGUCAUGCACCAAUAGUCUAUGUUGAUUAUCCUGGAGAAAUCUCAUUAAAACAAAUUUAUGGUACACUUAAUCGUGCAAUGUUAAAAAGAUUUAGUAGUACAAAAAUGUGCGGUGAUGCAUUGACAAAUGCCAUGGUGGAAUUUUUUCUAUUAACUCAAGAACAAUUUACUGCUGAACAACAGCCUCAUUAUAUUUAUAGUCCAAGAGAGAUGACACGUUGGGUACGCGGUAUUAAUGAAGCAGUAAAACCAUUACAAGAUUUAAAUCCAAAUGAUUUAGUGCGUUUGUGGGCUCAUGAAGCAUUGAGACUCUUUCACGAUCGAUUAAUCUACGAUUAUGAACGACAAUGGACAGAAAAAUCAAUCGAUGAUAUAGCUAUGAAACAUUUUACUAAUGUUAAUUUCAAUUCAGCUUUACAACGACCAAUACUCUACAGUGAUUGGAUAACCGGUCAAUAUUCAUCAAUUGAAGAAGAUACCUUGAGAAAUCAUAUUCAAGAACGAUUAAAAAUCUAUUAUGAAGAAGAAGUUGGUAUUCAAUUGGUACUAUUCAAGCAAGUAUUAGAUCAAGUUUUACGUAUUGAUAGAGUGUUUCGACAACCUCAAGGUCAUUUGCUUUUAAUCGGACUAUCUGGUACUGGUAAAGCAACGUUGUGUCGAUUUGUCUCAUGGUUGAAUCAAAUUAGUUUUUUUCAACUGAAAGUACAUAAUAAAUAUACUGCAGCUGAUUUUGAUGAAGAUUUACGUCAAUUAUUGCGUCGUUCUGGAUGUAAAGGAGAAAAAAUUGUAUUUUUAUUGGACGAAUCGAACGUGAUGGAUUCAAGUUUUUUGGAACGAAUGAACACUCUACUAGCAAAUGGCGAAGUGCCCGGAUUAUUUGAAGGAGAUGAAUAUUCUUCACUAUUAUCAUUAUGUAAAGAAGGUGCACAACGCAAUGGACUCAUGUUAGAUUCAAAUGAAGAACUUUACAAAUGGUUCACCGUACAGGUAAUGCGAAAUUUGCAUGUUGCUUUUACAAUGAAUCCUAGUGCCAAUGGUUUGCGUGAUCGAGCAUCAACGUCUCCGGCGUUAUUUAAUCGUUGUGUAUUGGAUUGGCUUGGUGAUUGGAGUUAUGAUGCUUAUUAUCAAGUUGCAAGUGAAUUAACACAUAAGCUUGAUAUGACGAAAACAGAUUAUAUCGCACCAAAAAAUUUACCUCGUCAUGUUUCAAUUUUACCUGCUGAUCCAACAUACCGAGAUGUUAUUACCAAUGCCUUUGUAUUUGUUCAUCAAUCGUUGCAUAAACUAAAUGAUAGCUUGAAGAAAAAAGGAGCGAAAACCAUUAUUAUUACACCAAGUCAUUUUCUCGAUAGUAUUCAGCAUUUUUUGAAAAUAACAGUUGAAAAACGCAAUGAAAUUGAAGAAACUCGGGAACAUUUACUAGUUGGUUUAAAAAAAAUUCAUGAAACAGUCGUUCAAGUUGAAGAAUUACAAAAGUCUUUGGCUAGUAAACGUCUAGAACUGAAUAAUAAAAACGAAGAAGCAAAUUUAAAACUGAAACAAAUGGUUACUGAUCAACAAGAGGCAGAGAAAAAACGAAUUAGUUCACAAGAGCUACAAGUUGUGCUAGUGGUUCAACAAGAACAAAUUGUAAAAAAGAGAGCAACAGUUAUGGAAGAUUUAAACAAAGUAGAACCUGCUGUUCAAGAAGCACAACAAGCUGUAAAAUCUAUAAAGAAACAAAACUUAGUUGAGCUAAAAAAUUUAAAUAAUCCUCCAUCAGGAGUAAAAUUAGCAUUAGAAUCCGUUUGUCUAUUAUUGGGUGAAGAAACGAACGAUUGGAAAUCAAUUCGAAGUAUAAUAAUGCGUGAAAAUUUUAUUCCAACAAUUGUUAAUUUCAAUACUGAUGAUUUAACUCCAGCAACAAUACAAAAAAUGAAAACAAAAUAUUUGAGUAAUCCUGAUUAUUCAUAUGAAAAAAUAAAUCGUGCUUCGGUUGCAUGUGGUCCACUCGUUAAAUGGGCCGAAGCUCAAUUGACAUAUGCUGAUAUGUUAGGCAAAGUAGAACCAUUAAGAAAUGAAUUAAAAAGUUUAGAAAAUGCAGCUGAAACAAAAGUAGUAGAAAUGCAAAAUACAAAUGAUUUAAUUACAACAUUAGAAAAAAAAAUAGCACAAUAUAAAGCUGAAUAUGCUGAUUUAAUAAGUGCUGCUCAGGCAAUUAAAACAGAUUUAUCACAUGUUGAAUCAAAAGUUGAACGUUCAAUUGCUUUAAUUAAAAAUUUGAGUAUAGAAAGAGUACGAUGGGAACAAAGUAGUGAAAGUUAUCAAACACAAUUGACAACAAUUAUGUGUGAUGGAUUUUUAAUAUCAUCAUUUUUGGCUUAUUUGGGUUAUUUUGAUCAAAUAACCAGACAAAUGUUAUUUCAGCAAUGGAUGAAACAUUUAGAAAAAUCAAAUCUUCCAUAUAAACAUGAUUUAGCUAGAGUUGAAUAUGUAUCAUCAGCUGAUGAAAGAUUACGUUGGGAAACAAAUUUAUUACCAUCAGAUGAUUUAUGUCGAGAGAAUGCUGUAAUGUUAAAACGAUAUAGUCGUUAUCCAUUAAUAAUUGAUCCAUCUGGUCAAGCAUUAGAAUUUCUUUAUCGUGAAUAUAGAGACAAGAAUAUUAUUCAAACAAGUUUUGUUGAUGUUAAUUUUCGUAAACAAUUAGAAAGUGCUCUUCGUUUUGGUACAACAUUAUUCAUCCAUGAUGCCGAAAAUUUUGAUUCAUUAUUAAAUCCUGUCUUAUUACGAGAUUUAAGACGAACGGGUGGACGUGUAUUGAUCACAAUUGGUGAUAAAGAUAUUGAUUUUUCACCAGCAUUUACCAUGUUUUUAUUUACAAGAGAUGCGGAUGCUGACUUUGGUCCAGACGUUUGUUCUCGCGUUACAUUUGUUAAUUUUACUGUGACACGUUCAAGUCUACAAUCACAAUGUUUGAAUUCAAUAUUGCGUGCCGAACGUCCAGAUAUUGAUAGCAAACGAUCAGAUUUAAUGAAGUUGCAAGGUGAAUUUGCAGCAAAAUUGAGACAUCUUGAGGAUAAUCUAUUAAAAGUAUUAAACGAAUCUGAAGGAACAAUAUUGGAUAAUGACAAUGUCAUAUCAACAUUAGAAAAGAUUAAAGUUGAAUCAUCUGAAAUAAUGAAAAAAGUUGAAGAGACCGAUAUAGUUUUGAGAGAAGUUGAAGCGGUAUCAAAUGAAUAUUUACCAAUGGCGAAAGCUUGCAGUAGUAUAUUUUUUACAUUAUCAUCAUUAUCAUCUAUUCAUUUUCUUUACCAAUAUUCACUAAAAUUCUUUUUGGAAAUAUUUGAACAUGUUUUACAUCAUAAUAAACGGUUAGAAUCAAUUACCGAUCCAUCCGUUCGACUCGAUAUUAUUUUGAAAAGUUUAUUUGAAACGGUCUAUGUUCGCGUUGCACAUGGAAUGUUACAAAAAGAUCGAAUUACGUUAGGCGUUCAAUUGACACGUAUUUAUCUUAAAAAUAUUGUUGGAAGUGAAACGUUUGAUAAUGAAUUUUCUGAGUUAGCUCAAAAACUUGAAGAUUACAAAGACACAUUGAAUAUCCAACAAUUAUCAGAUAAUCAGAAACGUGCACUUGCACGAUUGAGUGCCAAUCUGAAACCAUUUAAAAAUGUUUCACAACGUAUUAAAUCACAAACGGAUGUUUUUUCUAAUUGGUUAUCAUCGAAUGAUUUAAAUACAAAUGUUCCAGUAGUAUGGGAUGUAAAUAGUGCAUCUACGAAUAAAACUGAAAUUGAUUCGGCCGUUUACGGAAUGUUGCUCACCCGUGCUUUAAAACCCGAGCGUUUGAUACAUGCGGCAAAAGCAUUUGUACAAAGUGUUUUCGGCAUAGAAUUUGUGCAAAAAGCUGAUGAACUACUCAAUUUAGAAUCUAUUGUUAACGACGAGAUUCAAGGUUUGACACCGAUACUUUUGUGUUCGGUUCCCGGUUAUGAUGCAUCCAAUCGUGUAGAAGAAUUAGCAAGUUCUCUCCAUAAACAAUUAACAUCAAUUGCAAUAGGCUCUGCUGAAGGUUUUACUCAGGCUGAACAAGCCAUUACAAAUGGUGCAAAAAGUGGCAAUUGGGUUUUAUUAAAAAAUGUUCAUCUUGCACCACAAUGGUUAAAAGAACUAGAGAAAAAACUACAUUCAAUUAAAGCAAACCAGGCAUUUCGUCUAUUUUUAUCAACUGAAAUCAAUCCAAAACUACCUGGUAGUCUCUUACGUACCGGUUUAUGUUUGGUGUUCGAAUCAGCAUCCGGUUUACGAGCCAGUCUGAUGCGUACGAUUAAUGAGUUUUCUGAAACAAGAAUGGAAAAGUUGCCAAACAUCCGAGCUAAAGCUUAUUUUCGUCUUGCCUGGCUACAUGCACUAGUCACAGAAAGAAUGCGUUAUACACCAUUGGGAUGGUCGAAAAAAUAUGAAAUAAAUGAGAGUGAUUUACGUUUUGCUUGUGAUACAAUUGAUCAGUGGAUUAAAACAAAUAACGAUCCAGAAUCAAAGAAACUUAUUGCAUGGGAUGCAUUGAAAUAUCUAAUAUCAUCAUGUAUAUAUGGAGGACGAUUGGACAAUAGUUUUGAUCAAUGCUUGCUAGCCGCAUUUGUUUCAAAAUUAUUCUCUGAAGAGACUUUAUCGCCCACAUAUCCUUUAAUCAAAGACGAUGCGUCAGCAUUUUCUAUACCAAUGCCUCAACAUACUACGAAAGCACAAUCAUUAGCAUGGGUUGACCAGUUAUCAACAAACGAGCGACCAACAUGGCUCGGUUUACCCGAUAAUGCUGAAACAGUUUUGCUUAUAAGUGAAAGUAAUAAGUUUACAGCAGAUCUGUUGAAAUGUGAGCAAAGUGAAGAAACAUCGACUGAUCUUGAUCUUGAUGGUGAUAGUAAACAAGAAAAUGAACUAGCUGGCCGUCCUGCAUGGAUGGUUCAACUGCAACAUACAUCUGAUAUUUGGUUAAAAUCAUUACCGAAAGCAUUAACAACAAUGAAUCGAAAUAGCGAAACUAUUAAAGACCCUCUAUUUCGAUGCUUUGAACGUGAAGUGAAUUUUGCUGCAAAAUUAUUGAAAAUUAUUCGCUCCGAUCUGUCCGAUAUACAAGCGGUGUGCGAUGGACAAAAGAAACAAACAAAUGAUACGAGAGAUUUAAUACAUAAUUUAUCAAAAGGUAUUACACCCCAAACAUGGAAAAAAUAUCGUGUACCACCACGAACAACGGCUAUGCAAUGGAUAUCAGAUUUUACAGCAAGAUUGCAACAAUUAGAAAAACUGUCAACGCUAACAACGAAAGAAGGCGUACAAGCAUUAAGACACAUCUCAAUAUGGCUUGGUGGUUUAUUCACACCCGAAGCUUAUUUAACGGCAACAAGACAAUGUGCAGCUCAGACACAACAAGUUUCAUUAGAAGAACUUUUUAUGGAUGUUGAACUUUUAGAUCAUGAGACAAAAUCAAGCGACAAUGCUUUCAUCAUUAUAGGUUUGAAAUUACAAGGAGCAAGUUGUCGAAAUAAUUCACUUCACUUCUCACCAGAUAUUCUUAGUGACAUUCCAGCAUUAGCCAUUCAAUGGAAACUUCAUCAUGCAGAAAAAUUUUUGGAUAACAAGAUAAAAUUACCGGUAUACGCUAAUGGUUUGCGAACAGAGCUAUUAUUCACUAUCGAUGUUAAAUCUGGUCAAGAAAACGCGAAUGAAUGCAGUUUUUAUGAACGUGGUGUAGCUGUUCUAGCAUCAAAAUCGAAGAAGCCAACGUCUCACAUUCCAUCUGAAGUGACUAGCGGCAAAAAUGAUGAAUCGUUUACCAAAGAUGUCAAACUGCCAUCGACACAUCUAUCAUCUCCAUGUCCUUCCGAGAAAACAGAAGUUUAUCUUAAAAUUUCGAACGAUGAUCAAUUACAAAACCCAUUGAUGUCUGAUUCUUCGAGUCAAAAAGAACUCAUGAUUAAAGAAGAUUUAACAGAAUUUGUUUAUUUUCCUGUUCCACAAACUGUCGAAUAUGUGGAAUGUCGACUCACCAGGGAUCCAACACAUUUUCAUCCAACAUAUUAUUUACAUGCUGAACGAGAAGAUGGAAAAAAGUUUUUGAUAUUGACUGCUCGAAAACGUCAUAAAGGUGGCAAAUCAACUUAUUUGAUAUCGACAGAUGUUACAAAUUUAUCAAGUGAUAGCAAAUUUACAGCAAAACUUCGAGGUCAAAAUUUGUUGGGAUCGCAGCAUAUAAUUUAUGACAAUGGUGUUAAUCCAACACGUGCGAUUACAGAUCGAGAAAGUCAUCGACGUGAAAUGACAGCCAUUAUCCAUGCUCAAGACAGUUUAAUCGAAAAAUGGAACCGUAAAGAAAUGCAAAAUAUUUUAGAAUUAUACAAUAAAAGUCCAAUUUGGAAUGAAGUUUCGAAAACUCAUGUUCUAUCAUUCCAUAAAAAUCGUGUUACAGAAACGUCAGUUAAAAAUUUUCAAAUUGUUUCAUGCGACACCAAUAAUCAAGAACAUGUUAUCAUGCAAUUCGGACGUAUUUCGGAUAAUACAUUUAUAUGUGAUUUCAGAUAUCCUCUAUGUGCAAUACAAGCAUUUGGAAUUGCUCUAAGUUCAUUCGAUAGUAAAUUUGGUCACUAA